AUGUCUGCAAGUAUUAUUUUUCAGUUUAAAAUAACUCUUAAACGCAUUAAACCUAAUAUAUGGCGUCGCAUUCAAGUGCCUGGAAAUUUUACGUUCUGGGAACUACAUAUGGCCAUUUCAGACGCCAUGGGGUGGCAAGACUAUCAUUUACACCAGUUUGAAGUCUUGAAUCCUAGAAAUGGCCAAAUAGUUCUGAUUGGUACACCCGACGACUUCGGUCUCGUUGAGGUAAUUAACGGAAAAACGGUUAAAAUAGCGGACUUCUUUUCGGCCCCUAAAUGCAAAGCCAAGUAUGAAUAUGAUUUUGGCGAUGGUUGGGAUCACGAAAUUCUUCUUCAAAAAAUUUUACCUGCAAUACCUACAGUCGAGUAUCCUAUUUGUGUGGGUGGUAAACGUGCUUGCCCUCCAGAAGAUUGUGGAGGUACAUGGGGUUAUGGAGAGCUUUUAUCGAUUAUUUCUAAUCCUAACCACGGAGAAUACGAAGAACGUAAAGAUUGGUUGAAGUUGAUUGGUUAUACUAAUGGCGAGUUUGAUUCAGAACAUUUUGACCCAAAAUCCGUUUAUUUUCGCAGUUUUAGAGAUAGCUGGAACCAAAGAAAUUUUAUUCCAUUAUAA